GAUUGGAUUAAUCCGAAAUUACGUUGUAGCAAACGGAAGAAGAUCUAACCUUGGCAGGGAAACAGACGUGGGUUUCAUUAAGAUAUGUAAAGUGGAGUCCUCUACGGAAUUAUAUUUAUAUAAAAACAAACAAUUACCAGGAUUACUCAAAAUACGAAACUGUUUUGACAUUUCUGGUGUCGUUACUUUUCUCUUACGACUCAUGGGCUUUUAGAAAUGAAUUAACACCGGGUGAGGAUAUCACUGUUGCCAUUUACAAUGGACCGCAAUAUCAACGCUGAGUUGGUAACGUUUGUCAUAUGGUCCGUCAUAACCUCACAGUCAUAGUUUGUGGACGCUGUCAACAGUUGCCUAUUGUCCCAUGAUGAAGACGUACCUCUCCAUUAUCAGAAACUGUAAGGUUGCACAGAGAUGGUCAUUCAACCAUGCUACAAGAUGUGCACUUUCUCCAUCCCCAUCAUUCUGGAAUUGCAAAAGGCUCAUGGUGAGACGCCUGUGCACUGAUAUUCCGACAGAAGACCGGAACUAUUAUAUCACCACCCCUAUCUUCUAUGUGAACGCUGCCCCUCAUAUUGGACACUUGUACUCGGCUGUUACUGCUGACUUCCUGCACAGAUACAAGCUUCUACAGGGGUUCAACUCCAGGUUUGUCACAGGUACAGAUGAGCACGGACUCAAAAUCCAACAGGCUGCCAAUGCUGCCGGACAGGAUCCUCUAAGUUUCUGCACUGAAGUAUCUGAGAGAUUCAAAUACCUCUUCAAGAGCUGUCACAUCUCAUACACUGACUACAUCCGUACCACUGAGGAGAGACACCGCUGUGCAGUGGAGCACUUCUGGACCGUGCUUCAGAGUAAAGGCUUCAUCUAUAAGGGGAAUUAUGAAGGCUGGUACUCCACGCAGGACGAGAGCUUCCUCAUGCCAUCGCAGGUGGGAGAUGCCAAGGAUUCAUCAGGGAAGGAGAUCAAGAUCUCUCUGGAGAGCGGCCACAAGGUGGAGUGGAUGAAGGAGGAGAACUACAUGUUCCGUCUGUCUGAGUUCCGGUCCCGGCUGCAGGAGUGGCUGGAGGGGAACCCCAGAGCAGUGCAGCCAGAACGGUUCCACCGCGCCGUUCUCCAGUGGCUCCAGGAGGACCUCCCAGACCUCUCUGUCUCCCGCCAGAGAAGCCGCCUCCAGUGGGGCAUUCCAGUUCCUGGUGACCUCGACCAGACAAUCUACGUGUGGUUAGACGCCCUGGUCAACUACCUCACAGUGGCUGGUUACCCGGACUCACACUCUCAAUGGUGGAGGGCUGCCCAUCAUGUCGUGGGAAAGGACAUUCUCAAAUUCCAUGCCAUCUAUUGGCCAGCAUUCCUACUGGCUGCUGACUUGCCCCUCCCACAGACCAUACAUGUGCACUCUCAUUGGACAGUGGGAGGGAAGAAAAUGUCUAAAAGCUUGGGGAAUGUGGUGGACCCCCUGGAGAGGUCUCAAAGGUUCACCAUAGACGGUAUGAGGUACUUCCUCCUGCGCCAGGGGGUCCCAGACACAGACUGCGACUAUGACGAUGAUAAAGUGGUCAAACUGCUCAAUGCCGAGCUGACAGACUCGCUGGGUGGCCUUCUAAACCGCUGCACUGCCCCCUCUCUCAACCCAGCUCAGGUCUACCCCCACUUCUGCUCUGACUCCUUCCCCAGUCAAGGGGCUGUAGCACAUAAGGGGAGGGCUGUGGAUGAAGAUUAUCACAUGCUGGAUGCUGUACGUGCACUACCAGCUGUGGUGGAGCAGCACUACGAUAGUGUGCAGGUGUACAAAGCUCUGGAGGCCAUUAACCGGUGCGUGAGGCAGACCAACGGCUUUGUCCAGCGGCACACACCAUGGAAGUUGGGCAGCGGGGAUGGGAGAGACCAGCUGUGGCUGGACACCAUCCUCCAUGUGUCCCUAGAGUGUCUGAGGAUGUAUGGGACACUCCUACAGCCUAUAGUGCCAGAGAUAGCAGACAAACUUCUGUCCAGGCUGGGGGUGAAGCCAGUGGAGAAGAGCUGGGCUGCUCUGGACUUCCUGGUUAAAUAUCAGGGAAAGGACUGCCCCUUUGAGGGCAGAGCACUGGGUCCUGACACUGGAGUCCUGUUUAAUCGUCUGGAGAGGCCAAAUGCAGAGAAGGGAAAGCCCAAGAAGGCUAAGAAAGCCACUAAAGUGAAAUCAUAAACAUGGAAAUUCUAUGUUUUCUGUCCAUGUAAAAUGAGUUGAAAUAUGUCAUUAGUGUAAUGCAUUAUUUUUCCUGUCUGUUUGAGCUGUCCUAACUGCUGCUUUUGUUUACAAUUGAUCAUUAUUAAAUUCAAAUAGUGUUAAACAUUUUUGGGUUGUUGAGAGAAAUGAAAUGGUUCUACCUACAACCACCAAUCAACAAAAAGUGGGAGGUGUAGUCAACACUGUGACAACACUGUUCAAUAAACCUUUUCAUUUGAAGUAGUUUUAUCAAAUCAAGUUACCAUUUGUAGGUACAGAACUAACACUACUUUAAAAAGUACAAAAAGUUGGAAGUGUUCCAUAUUAUUAUUUUCUCUCCCACCUCCCAUAUAAAGACCAUACAAGUUCAGUACAGUAUCUCCUCUAACACAUUUCCUUUUACUGUUAUCUCCUCUUUAGAAUGACCAUCAGCUGAGAGGUUAAAGUUCAAUCUGAGUGACAGGAGAGAUGACCAAUGGGCCAGAGUUUUCACCACCAUGAUAACCUGGGUAGAGAAAUGGAUAGAGUUUUUCAGUGAAGGUGCAGCCAGAGAAAGAGAAGAUAUGAGACUUGGCCUCAACAUCAUAGGAGACCUGUCCCUCCUCAUAAUCCACAAACACACCAACCUUCUGGGGCUUCUCUUUUUAGGGAGAGAGUGGGGCUAGUACAGGCCUGACACUCAUUCCAAUACAUCAGUCCCACAGUCCAGUAUACAUUCUCAGGGCACAGUGCUAUCCUAAUUUUUCUAUUGAUGGACUCUCUCGCUACUCCUAAAAACCACCUACUCUUCCUCCACCUGUACCUCAUAGUAGAAUCUCCCUGAGGAAAAGCCCUCCUUUCCCAGGACACAUCAAUUGGUAUAAAAACCUCUCUGGGUUGUUAGGGAGGUUAUGUAUUGUCUUUGUUUCCUGUCCUCAGACAAAAGGAGAUGUGUAUCAGGGUCCAGAGUCACAGCUGCAUCCUCUUCAGGAAACCUCUCCAUCUCUUUAUUGAAUUUCUCAAGUUCAGAAAAUGCUUUCCUUGCCAUCUCCUCCAGCUGAGACAAAGCUCUCAUCAGGUUCCACUCCCACAGUUCACUGUGAACACUGUGAUCUCAGACCAGUCCUUGAUGAGUGUCAGUGGCCACAGUGAUGGGGAGCGGUGAAGGUGGUCCUCACUAUGCGAGAGCUGCUUCAGCUCAGUACUUCUCCUCUGUAGCUCAGUGAUUUCCUGCUCCAGCUCUUUGAUGAGCCCUUCAGCCUGCCUCUGCUGCUUUCUGAUUCUCCUCGAUCACCUCAAUGUAGUCAGCCUGGCUUCUCGCAAUGAAGUGUGCCAGAGCAGUGAAGACCUGCACACUGUCUCAUAUCUCUCUCUGAGUCUCUCUGAAUGAGCUCUACUGAGUGUUUGAUAUCUUGAACCUUCUGCAAUCGCUCCUUGAUCAUCUACUGCACUGCCUCUGUCUUCCCCAGCUGAGCCUUCCUCUCUCCAAACUCUUCCUCUAGAGGGACGGUGUGGUGAGUUUUGUGGUCUGUCUCAGUGUAGAACUGACACUCACAUGUCUGGUCAGUCCUACAGAAGAGCUCCAGUAGUCUGUUGUGCUUCUUAUUUUGUGUUAGUAAAUAUUUUCUUAAAGUAAAAAAAAUAAAAAGUAACUCUUUCUUGAA